GUUUUGGGCCCGAUCGAUCAGUUAGUUGCUGACUUUGCGCGGCAGCGAGCGGUUUGCAUUGCCAUUGCUGCGCCGGUUGUUCAGAUUAAAUAUAUAUACUUACUUAUAUAUCGCUAUAUUGCCACUGCGGUUGCGCAUGCGCCUCAUCCGAAUCGGUGGAAAAUAUAUAGGCCUUCAAUUGAUUUUCGUUUUUUUUUUCGCUCACAUAAAGACUUCUGGACUUCUGUGUGUAUGGUGAAUGAGCGUUUGAAUAAUUGAAAAGCGUUUGGCGACGCCUCCAACUUUUGACACGCAGCCCCAGACAACAGACCCUUGACCCUUAAACCCUAUCCUUAGGCAAACAGUCGAAGGUAGUACGAACUAAUAGCGACCAGCGCGAACUUCUCCAGCUGAUUAAUUAAAGAAUAAAAACACAGGAGUCCAUCUCUUUCGCACUGGAAACAGUUUGCCUGGACACGUCGUUGUCGGUGUUUUUGGGUAGCGGCUCAGUCCAGCAGGCGAUGCCUUAGUGGCAGCUCCUUCAGAUUCGAAGAAACCACCAACGGCAAGAUGCCCUACAAUCUCUGGCUGCGACGGCGCCUCCAGCUGCUCGCCUCGCUGCUCUUCUGCGGUCUCUUGGGCUAUUUGACCUCGGAGGCGGUGGCCAAGCCAACGUUACCCUUCAGUUUGCCACAAGGACUCCAGGGAUUUCCCUCGUUCCAGUCGUUUACCCAACAGAUCAUCGAACAGCGCAGCGUUCGGCAGAUGAAGACGUACAGCGGCAAGCGGGUGAGCAACGACUCCCUCAUUAUGAUAUACUAUCACGAUCUGACCAUAGCCGUAACGGAGCUGGGACCCCAGAAGCUGCUACUCGGCUGUGAACUGAUCGAAAUCUACAAUGACAAGGAGGGCAAGAUGCUGCUGGAGGGACUCUCGCACUAUAAUCGCCCAUUGGAAAUCAAAUUUGAUGAGAUGCUUAAGCUGAUGGAUCAGUGCGAGCAUGUGGAUAAGCUGACCUACGCCUCUCGUUACAAGUCCAAGCUGGAGGGUGGUGAACGUAGCAAUGGCAGUGGAGGAGAUGAUUCCACAGAUGGCACCAAUGAUGGGGUAGCCCUCAAGCUGGCCACCAAUAUCUUUCCACGCAGUCCCUUCUCCCUGCUGAGUGGGAUUAUUCCAGGCACAAAAUGGUGUGGCACUGGCGAUAUCGCAGAGACGUACAGCGAUCUUGGCAGCGAAAUGGCCAUGGAUCGAUGCUGUCGCCAACAUGAUCUGUGCCCUAUCAAGAUCCGAGCCUAUCAGCACAAAUACGAACUGAUGAAUGAUUCUUUGUACACAAAAUCCCACUGCAUCUGCGAUGAUAUGCUGUUCUCCUGCCUGAAGAUGACCAACACCUCGGCCUCCCAGCUGAUGGGCUCCAUCUACUUUAAUCUGGUGCAGGUUCCCUGUCUGGACGGGCGUAGCAACAAGUACAAGUUCCGGUCGGCCAAGGAGGGUUUCUAGGGGGG